AUGGAGGGAAACAACUUAUAUUUGGGAACUAUUAAAGAGACUAAAGUUUAUGUUUUUAAUUUGGGUGAGGAUUGUCAAUGGAGAUGUAUUGAUCAAAAGCCUCAUAAGAUUAUUACUUGUCCAUCUUCUGAUGUUUUAGUCAAUGGAAAUCUUUAUUGGCUAACAAUGAGGUAUCAAACACAUCUAGUUGACAUUGUAUCUUUUGACUUGGAUAAAGAGGAAUUUCAUGUCAUACCACAACCUGUCGAUUUCGGUUUGAACAAGUCUCUCACCCAUCUUGUGACGUUGAAUGAUCGCCUUUCGGCUGUUGUUUCGUCUAAGUUUGGGGAACAUGAGAUUUGGGUUUUGAAGGAUUAUAAUAAGAAGGAAUCUUGGAGUAAAGAAAUUGUCAUUCCUGAUUAUGUUCCAAUGGGAUUCAGAAUGGAUAGUGCUCCUCCAACAAGAAUUAGGUUCAAUGGGAGUAGGAACAAAGCUUUUCGAGUUUUGUGUAAUUUACAAGGUGGUGAGGAAAUUUUGUUUUCGUAUAGAGAUCGAUGUUUGGCAUCAUACAAUCCCAAUCAUCAAGAGUUCAAGGAUUUUAGAACUGAAGGGCUUCCUAUUGAGUUUGAGAUAAUUGUUCAUACAGGUAGUCUCAUACCUGUUGAUGCAGCUUUUGCCAAUAAUUCAACAACACCAUCAUCAACUCUCAAUAUAUGA